AUGGUUGAAGAACAGGCUCAGACACGUCGUUUGAUGGAAGAACAGGCUCGUCGUAUAGAGGAAAAAUUAGGAGAUCUGAAACAAGAAGUUGAUAAAAAAAUUGAAAAUUUGGAAUCUGACGUGGAUAGCAAGCUAUCGAAACAGGACAAACGGAUUCUCGGAUUGGAACAUGAAAUGCAGUGCUUGAAGACCACGGGUGUCGUAACGUCUGUAGCACCAUCUGGAAAUCUAAAGGUGCCUCCCUUUGAUGGUAAAUCUUCUUGGGGCGCGUACAAGGUACAGUUUGAGACUGUAGUAGAGUCAAACGGGUGGAAUGACGAUCAAGCUGUCACCGCCCUUAUUAUGGGACUGCGAGAUGAAGCCCUCACCAUACUAGAUACCAAGACAGGCUACCCGGAUCCAGAUGGCGAAUUUGUGGUAGAUACAGAUGCCAGUGGAAUUGGCAUAGGAGGUGUACUAUCACAAGUAAAAGGUGAGCACGAGCAAGUAAUAGCCUACUUCAGCAAGUCGUUGUCGAAACCAGAACGGAACUACUGUGUCACUCGGAGGGAACUACUGGCUGUUGUGAAGACGCUGCAGCACUUCAGCAAAUACUUGUUAGGUCGGAAGUUCCGUCUUAGAACAGAUCAUGCUGCAUUAAAAUGGCUACUUCAGUUCAAGAAUCCGGAAGGACAAGUGGCUCGAUGGAUUGAACAACUGCAAGAGUAUGACUUUGCUACUGAACAUCGCAAGGGCAGAGCCCACGGGAACGCAGAUGCAUUGUCUCGAAGGCCAUGUGAGGACGAUUGCAAACAUUGUACAAGACACGAAUGUAGAGAGGUUGCCCAUAUGAGGAUACUAAGGACAGACACCAUUAGUCCAGAUUGGUGUGGGAAAUUAAUUCAGGAAGAGCAACAACAAGAUUCUGACAUUAAACCAAUUCUGGACUGGAUGCAAUCUUCAGUUUUCCAUCGUAAAGAAACUGGCGUGAGCCAGGCAUAG